GUUGAAUCGACUGACAUCGCUGACCAGCGAAAUCCAUCAACCUUCGAUAGCGGUGGACGUGUCGUGAGACACGAAACCGAUGAAAAAACGUCGACAGUUGAAAAUUUCCCAAUGAAACAAGUUAGUCAAGCUGAUAGUUCAAAACAUACCACUAGAAUUCCCACCAGUGAUAAAACAUUCAAAUGUGAUGACUGCGGAAGGUGUUUCAAUCGACCUAAUAUUCUCAAAACUCAUCAGAGAAUCCACACAGGUGAAAAACCUUUCAUUGAUCGUUUGAGUAUUGAUCCGAGAACAGAAAGGGCAAUCACUAAUCGGAUUCCGCCUGUGCAGUCGCAGCAAAGUCAGAUGAAGAUCACAGAUACUGAAGUCAAUAUCGAUUGCAUUAUGUUCUAUGCUGGAUUGUAA